AACUAUGAUUCGCAUCAAAGACCCUGAAAAGAGCAAAGACUUUUAUGAAAACAAACUAGGAAUGAAAUUGUUGACUCGGUUGGACUUUCCCAGUCUCACGUUUUCACUCUAUUUCUUUGCGUAUACUCAAGACACACCACCUUCUAUGGAACAAUCACAAACACAACGUGCUCAGUGGUUAUGGAAUGUUCCUUACCCUACCUUGGAACUGACUCAUAACUGGGGUACAGAAAAGGAUCCCCAUUUUUGUUAUCACAACGGUAACAAAGAACCUAAAGGGUUUGGUUACAUUGGCUUUAUAGUGGAUGACGUACAUCAAGCAGUAGAAGCUUUAAAGAAGCAUAAUGUAGCAGUCAUCACAACAAGUGAAUCGAAGAAUGCACCCGUUGCUUAUGUUGCUGAUCCCGAUGGCUAUUGGAUUCAGUUGAUGUCGAGAAAUUCACCCACUUUUUCUGGGGAACAAACACUUAUUGGAAGAGAUCCGGUAUUGUCUCAUACUAUGUUCCGUAUCAAAGAUCCUAUUCAAAGUCAAUCAUUUUAUGAAAAUGGGUUGGGAAUGAAGUUGCUUUGUCGUAUCGAUUAUUCAGAUGAUAAGAUAACCCACUAUUAUUAUGGAUACACCGAUAGCUCCAUUCCAGUCUCUUUUUCUGAUGACAAAGAACGUUUAGAGUUUCUUCUUCGUACCCGAUUCCCCAAAAUGGUAUUGGAACACAAGUGGGGAACGGAAUCUGAUAAUAGCGUAAUAUAUCAUAAUGGAAAUGUCGAUCCUCGAGGAUUUGGUCAUAUUGGUUUGACAGUGGAUGAUAUCUAUCGUGCUUGUGAAAAUGUAGAAAGGGCAGGAUACAAGAUUGUUCGAAAACCAGGUCCUUUUCAAGAUGUGGGAGAGAUUGCAUUUGUUGCCGAUCCCGAUGGAUAUUGGGUGGAAUUGAUCAAGCGUAGUUCUUCGGGACCUGAAAAACCUUAUAGCAAACCAUUGUGAUAAAAAUGCGUCAUCUUGUUGUUAUCAUGUGGAUCUAUUUGUCA